AUGCCCCAAUACUUUAAUCUAUUUGAAGCGCAUGGAAUACUAGCGGCCAUCACUCUCCUUUUCAUCGUCCCCUUCGCCGUUGUCUUUCCUCGCUUCUACACGCGUGAUACUCGAUCAGCCGUUCGGUCAAUAUCUGGUGCCAGAUAUUGCCAGAUAUUAACCGACUUGGCAAGCACAGCAGUUCUCCGCAUCACGGCAUCUGCUGGUCCUGUUGCAAUCCAUCCUAAGGUGGUGGACAUAUAG